AUGUGUCAUCCUUAUUGGCUGUGCAGGGGGGUGUGCACUCAAGAGCCGUGCUUCUGUAUAGUCAUGGAAUACUGUCCCUAUGGGCAACUGUACGACGCACUCAAGAAUGGCCGCAUCAUCCCGCCUGCCACUGUGGUAGAAUGGAGCAAGCACAUAGCCUCUGGGAUGAACUACCUCCACUCUCGGAGCAUCAUUCACAGGGACCUCAAGUCGCCCAACAUCCUGAUCAGCUACAAUGACGUGCUUAAGAUUUCCGACUUUGGCACUUGCCGACAGUGGAGCGAGCGCAGCACCAAGAUGUCUUUUGCGGGUACAGUGGCCUGGAUGGCGCCCGAGGUGAUCCGCAAUGAGCCCUGCUCUGAGAAGGUGGAUAUCUGGUCGUAUGGGGUAGUGAUGUGGGAGCUGCUCAACUGUGAGACGCCGUACAAGGACGUUGAUUCCAGUGCCAUUAUCUGGGGAGUAGGCAACAACAGCCUGCACCUACCUGUGCCUGCCACCUGCCCAGAUGGGUUCCGGCUGCUCAUGUGCCUGUGCUGGAGCCCCAAGCCACGCAACCGGCCCUCAUUCCGGCAUAUUCUGAUGCACCUGGACAUUGCAGCCGUGGAGAUUCUGAGCACGCCCAAGGAGAGCUACUUUGCAGCCCAGGCUGGCUGGAAGGAGGAGAUCCGACGCUACAUGCAGAGCAUCCGUCAGGAGGGCCAACCUCAGGGGGAACAGGAACUGAUCCGGCGCCGGAGGGAGGAGCUUCGGCACGCGCAAGAUAUUCGCCUGCACUAUGAGCGCAAGCUGGAGCGCACCAACAACCUCUACAUGGAGUUCACGGCGUGCAUGCUGCAGCUGGAGCAGCGUGAGCGUGAAAUCAUCCGACGAGAACAAAGUUUGGAGAUUGGUUCCGGCACUCGCCCCUACAAGAAGCACAUUGUGCGGCCCCUGAUUAAGGCCCAAGAGCGGUUUGGGAAGAAACGCUCUUAUCAACUUCCUUCGGACCCUCCCAGUCCCGAACCCAUCGAGCAGGCAGCAGGGUCGCCAUCCAGCAAAGGCCGCUCUCGGAGGAUCACACACCGUCGCAGUGGCUCCAGCAGCAGCAGCAGCUGCCGUAUGGUUGACAGUGAGACGCAGACAGAUGCAGUGGAACUCUCACCCCAAAGUGAGGAGGAGGACUUGAACAGCAACCAGGCUCCAGCUCGCUCGUUGUUGCACACAAAGAGCAUUCUGGAGGACUGCCCUGCCCUGCCAUUGCGCAGCAAGCGAGCCAUGAGUGACAGUGAUGAGUCGCCCACCUGCCCCCCCCAGCAGGAUUUGGCUACCUCUGAAGAGGAAGGUGAAAUGGACGAUGAAUACACUGCACACCAAGGGCAAAUGCGACAGGCACUAAGUGGCCAGUCUAUCUCCACGCUCAGUUCCGAGGGCAACCUGUCAGACGGCAGCACAAGUGAAUGCUGCAGCUGGCAGCCUGCUGAACUUCUGUCAAACCUCUCCAACGCAGACGGCUGUGGGCCACACCGGCCACCAGGGAUUCAUCGCAAGCGGAACGUAUUGCCAACCAUCAGUGACACGCACAGCCAGACGUCACGUGUGAACAGUGAGACGGGUCACACAGAGACCACUGUCUGGUAGACAUCGCGUGUGCUCUUACUUUGUUUUCUAAUGCUCAUGAGACAUUCCAAGUGAACAAAGAGUCCGGGUAGCAGCCAUGGCUACUACAAAUGGACAUGAUGUUACUUAUUUAUUAUGUUUGUUCCUGCUGCAUGAGUGAUUGCCACCCUCCUUCACCACAAUUGCAAGACAGAUUCGCUAUAGGCUAAUGGCUUGGUUGUUCCCAAAAAGUUCGAUUUUGAGUACAUGCAGAGCACCGUGCUAUGCAAGCAGCUGCCCAGUUCUCUUGCUGCUCUUACUUAUCUGAGACUAUACACACUGUUUUGUUUUGUAAAAGCAAGUAGGUUAUACUUUGUGAUGAAACCAUUAGGAGGACUUGACAAUUUUACCUGUGUAAUAGUAGCCACACCCUGACUUUCUGGAGCGUAUGUGUGCAUAUGAAUAUACAGUGAAAUCUCAUUGCUAGAAACUUCACAUCCAUUGUUCUUUCAUAUUAAUAAAUUUAAAAAAUCUUCA